UGCACAUUGGCGCUGACGAACAGACUUGGAUCGACGACACCAGCCCUGAAGAUGCUGGUAGCAGGCCGAUCGCAAGCGACAAGAUCGAGCAUAAGACAGAGCAGUGCAUGUCCUAGCUCGAUGAAGCUCUCCGGUCGAUCUCUCAGCUCAGCCGGGCGAUCUGGCGUGGUGGCACGGCCUGUCAGCUCGAGCAAUCCUCGCUGCACUUGUUCGACCGCAAGGCCGCUCAGUACCACUGCAUUGAGAUUGUCUGCCAGUUCUACUGCGCCAGUCACAAUCGCAAGCGGGCACUUGCUCACACGAGCAUCGGACAAACCUCCGAUCAGGCUCUCCUCGGCAGACCCGCUCGCAAGGAGGACAGCCUCCACGCUAGGAUUCUAUCAGCCGUCUGCUACUGUACAGCAACCACGCUGGAUCAACAAUCGCUCGUCGUCGACUCUGACAGAUGAGCCAGAACCGACAGAGGAGGACGCCAAGAGUGAUCCUCAAGCGCCAGAGAGCUCAGAUGUCGAUCCCGCGACGAGCAAGAAGCGGAAGACGCCCAAACCCGUCAUCAAGAUCAAUCCGGACGAGGCUGUCGCCCUAGAAUCAUCCUCGUCGUCAUCCUCUUCUUCUUCUUCUUCCUCCUCCUCUGCGAGCAGCUCAUCCGGCGCUUCCACUCCUCCUUCCUCAGACGGAGGAGAUCCUCCCUCUUCGGGAUCGGGUUCAGGCUCGAAGCCAUCUGGCGAAGCGGUGACCACCAUCUCGAAGCAAUCGAUUCCAGAGGUGUACCCGCAAGUCCUCGCGCUGCCCAUCACGCGCAGACCGCUCUUUCCGGGCUUCUACAAAGCCGUCGUCGUCAAGGAUCCCAGCGUCGUCGCAGCCAUCAAGGAGAUGAUGCGUCGCGGUCAGCCCUACAUUGGCGCUUUCCUCCUGAAAGACGAAGAUGCCGACAGCGACAUCAUAACGAGUAUAGAUUCCGUUCAUCCUGUCGGUGUCUUUGCUCAGAUCACAAGCACCUUCCCUGCGAACAGCUCGGACAAGUCUGGCGAGUCUGGUCUGACCGCCGUGCUCUACCCUCACCGCCGGAUCAAGAUCACCGAAUUGCUGCCUCCCCGCAAGACAGCCCGAACGGAAGCUGUCGCUGGCAUUCAGCAGCAGGCAGAGAAGGAUCAGGUCAUACCGCCUGCGCCGUCCGAGGUCACCAUCACGCCCGCAGAGCCGGCUGGAGACAAGCCUGUCGAUGUCAGGUCAGAAACUGGCACAGCCGCUUCUUCUACGCCCUCUCCGCCGCCCACGUCGCCUUUCCAAACUGCCUUCCUGCAAGACUUUGCCGUUUCGCUCGUCAAUGUCGAAAAUAUGCAGAUCGCGCCCUUUAAGAAGAAUAGCCAGUAUGCUCGUGCAGUGGCCUCAGAGAUCAUUUCAGUCUUCAAGGACAUCGCAUCGCUCAACCCACUCUUCCGAGAUCAGGUUGCCAAUUUCUCGAUCGCUCAGGGUGCUGGCAACGUCUUUGAAGAACCAGACAAGCUCGCAGACUUUGCAGCUGCUGUCUCCGCUGGCGAAGUCGGCGAGCUACAGGGUGUGCUCGAGAGCAUGGAGCUAGAAGACAGACUGCAAAAGGCAUUGCUUGUGCUCAAGAAGGAGCUCAUGAACGCUCAGCUGCAAAGCAAGAUCAGUCGAGAUGUCGAUUCGAAGAUCCAGAAGCGCCAGAGAGAAUAUUAUCUCAUGGAGCAACUCAAGGGUAUCAAAAAGGAGCUCGGUCUCGAGUCUGACGGCAAAGACAAGCUGAUCGAAAAGUUCAAGGAGAAGGCAGUCGCGCUCAAUAUGCCAGAACCAAUUCGCAAAGUCUUCGACGAAGAGAUCAGCAAGCUACAAGGUCUCGAGCCACAAGCGUCUGAAUUCAACGUCACCAGAUCUUACGUCGACUGGCUCACCCAAAUCCCGUGGGGUCGUCAUUCUGUCGAAAACUUUGAGCUCAAGCAUGCCACGAGCGUGCUCGAUGAGGACCACUAUGGCAUGAAAGACGUCAAGGAUCGCAUUCUCGAGUUCCUUGCGGUCGGCAAGCUCAGAGGCACAGUGGUCGGCAAGAUCCUCGUCCUUGUCGGCCCUCCCGGUGUGGGCAAGACGUCGAUCGGCAAAUCCAUCGCUCGAGCAAUCGACAGACAAUUCUUCCGCUUCUCCGUCGGUGGUCUCACUGACGUUGCCGAAAUCAAAGGUCACAGAAGGACAUAUGUGGGCGCCAUGCCCGGCAAGAUCAUCCAGGCUCUCAAGAAAGUGCAAACAUCCAAUCCAAUCGUGUUAAUCGACGAGAUCGAUAAGCUCGGUAGAGGCAUCAACGGCGAUCCGGCGAGUGCGCUACUCGAGAUGCUCGACCCUGAACAGAAUCAUUCUUUCCUUGAUCAUUAUCUUGAUGUGCCAGUCGAUCUGUCGCAAGUCCUCUUUGUCUGUACAGCAAACACACUCGAUACGAUUCCAGCGCCUUUGCUCGAUCGUCUAGAGAUUAUCGAGCUCAGUGGCUAUAUUGCAGACGAGAAGCGAGCAAUCGCUAGUCGCUAUCUAGCACCACAAGCAAAGGAAGCGUCCGGUCUCAAAGAAGCCGAUGUUGACAUUCUCGAAGAUGCUGUCGAUCUCCUCAUCCGCUUCUACUGCAGAGAGAGCGGCGUCCGAAAGCUCAAGCAGCACAUCGAGAAGAUAUAUCGCAAAGCUGCGCUCAAGAUCGUCCGCGAUCUCGGCGAAACGAAACUCCCGGAAGCAUCUGCGAGCAUGGUGACCCCGCCUGACAAUAACGCAACGGUAGGAGAAGAGAGCGUACCUCGUGAAGCGGGACAGCCAGACAACGGUUCAGUAGGUGCAGAGACAGAGAGUGCAAAGCCAGAUCGAAAGACGACCACCGAGGUCAGGCAACCUUUGCAAGUACCGUCUGAUGUUCAUGUACGCAUCGACGGCGCCAAUCUGAUCGAUUAUGUCGGCCCAGCGAUAUACCAAAAGGACCGUAUGUACACUCGCAUGGGACCACCUGGCGUCAGCACCGGUCUUGGCUACCUCGGCAACGGCUCUGGAUCCGUCAUGCCCAUUGAAGCGACCGUCAUGCCAGGAUCCGGUGCGAUACAGCUCACCGGCAAGCUGGGCGAAGUCAUCCGAGAGAGCGCGCAGAUCGCGCUCAGCUUUCUACGCACGCAUGCAUAUACCCUUGGCUUGACCGACAGCCCGACCGCAGACCUGACAAAGGACAAAGCCGUCCAUCUACAUAUGCCAGAAGGCAGCGUCGGCAAAGAAGGUCCCAGCGCUGGCACUGCGAUCCUGACAGCCUUUGUCAGCCUAUUCUCGAAGCAAGGCGUCAGUAGUGAGCUCGCAAUGACAGGCGAGAUGACGCUGGCUGGGCAAGUGCUAGCGAUCGGUGGCUGUAAGGAAAAGUUCCUCGCAGCUCGACGCGCUGGCAUCAAGAAGCUUAUUGUGCCUGCUGCGAAUCGCUCUGACAUUGCUUACAAUGUGCCCGACUCCAUCAAGGAGGGCCUAGAGAUCGUGUACGUCGAGACGGUCGUUGAAGUCCUGCAGGAAGUCUUCAAGGGACAAGAAAUUGUCAACAAGCUGAACGAUUUGCCGAAUCUCUCAAGAGAAGAGAUCAACGUGCCAUAGAUAGACCAACGAAGACGGAUGCACCUCUCAUAUGUACUCAUUAUGCAAAUUGUCGCAAUGUGAGCAUCGAUAGCCCCGUGUCACAGC